AUGGCCUUGUUCCUUGGCAAGUCCCCCAACUUCGGGAGGCUCACCGAGCGAUGCGGGAUGCGUGCGGGCUGUGAGGAGAUGCGGCGGGCAGAGGCUCAGCAGCGCGAGCUUCAGAAAGAGCUUGAUGAGGAAAGGCUGCGGCUGGAAGGAGAAAAGAGGAAAAGCUGCUGGCAGACCGAAAAGAGGCCCAGCGGGGAUGCUGCAGUGCGAACUGCAGAGAUGCUCCGGCGCGAGAAGCAGGAGAAGCGGCGACAUGAGGAGGCCUACGAGGAAGCGAGGAACGCGCAGAGGGACGCGGAGGAGCAGUGCAGGGCCUUGAAGGAACAAUACAACAUCAGUGACAUCAGCCUUCACCAUGAGCAGCAGGCGGAUCUAGCGCAAUGUCGGAGCGAGCUGGAUGCCGCGACGGAGGAGCUGGAGCGCAGCAAAGCCGAAGGCGAAAGCCUCGAGGCGCGCCAGCGGCUGUCCACUCAACAGCAGGAGGUCCACGGCUUGCAGAGUGCUGUGCAGAUGUUGGCAGCCUGGGAGCCUCGAAGGGAAGGUGGAAGGACGAAGGUGACUUCGCUCCAAGCCAGCUUGGAUGAGUUGAGCAGAGAGAAGGCAGACUUGGAGGCGCAGGUGCGAGACUUCCAAGCGAAGCUUGCGUUGCAAAGCUCUUGCCUCAGUGCAAGGCAAGAGGAGUUGCGGCAGCUUCAGGAAAGCGAGGAGACCUGGCUGCAGGAGCGAGCAAGCAGGGCGCCCGGCCUGAAAAAAGAGCUAACCAGGCAAAGUGCUGAGCUGGAGGCGCUUGGAGGGCUUCAGCAGCGACUUGACACGGAGCCAAACUUCUGCUUCCGUAAGCACGAAGCGGCUCGUCAGGGCUGGAAGUAUUUCGCGCAAGGAGACCCGUCUCGUGCAGCAGAGGGAGGAGCGCGGUCUGCGCGAGACUUGGCUUCCGAGCGAAAGGCAUUGCAGGAGGAGAAGCGUCUGGCACGACAGAAAGUGGAAGAGGAGAUGAGCAACAGCAGUGGUUACCUGCAUGGCUGGGCAAGAAGAGACUUGGCAUCUGCUAAAAAGCAGUUGCUGGAGGAGAAGCGCCUCGUGCAGCAGAAGAUGGAGGAGGCUCAGAUGCAUCGAAUACAGGAGAAGCAGCUGUCCCGGCAAGCAUUGGAGGAGGUGUACGGCUUUGAGAGCAUCGCGAGAACUCCCGCAUCUGCGCUGUUGCUUACAGUGACGUUCGAGGAGCGCCGGAAACAUCGGCUCCAGCAGGUGGAUGUGGCGUCUGUGAGACUCUGGAAUGCAGAUGCGCCACUGGGCCCCGAGGAACGAGAUGCCUUCAAGAGCCAGCUCGAGGAGAAGACGUCGCUCUUUCGCAGCGCCGAGGAGGAGCGCUGA